AGUAGAAAGAAAGGAGCAAAAGUAGAGGAGAAAACCAGAUAAAUAAAGAGAAAUUUGUCAAGUAGCAAAUAAAGGCGAAUAAAAAAGUCGAAUUUGCCAAAACCCAGAGAAAAGAAAUAACACCAGAAGGAAAUUGAAAAGUCUUUGGGUCAAUGGGCAACUUUGUAAGCAGACAGAAUGCAGCUGUCGAGGAAGCGGAUCAGACCAAUACGAAUCAUGCCUACAAAUAUCCACCAAGGAUGGGCAACUUCUUUGGCAGCCACUUCAUCAUGGGCGGUGAGCGCUUCGACACGCCCCAGCCCGAAUCGUAUCUGUUUGGCGAGAAUGCGGAUUUGAAUUUUCUGGGGAAUCGUCCGACCGCAUUCCCAUAUCCACCACCCCAAGCCAAUGAGCCAACUAAGACAUUGAAGAGUUUGGUUAACAUUCGCAAAGAAUCUGUGCGUUUCGUUCGCGUGCCAGUGGAAAAAAAGGCCCACGAACUAGAGGAGAAGCCAGAGAAGAAAGCCACAAAUGUGACCAUUGAGGAGAUCGAUGGCAAUGUUCUCUGCUCCUUGAGUGGCAGCGGAAGUGGUGGUGAUGGUGAUGUUACCACCACAAUUACACCGCCACCACCGCCUCCACCAUGCUCUUACAAUAUUGAGUUCACUUUCGAUUCUGAUGCCAAAUGUGCCAUAACCAUUUAUUAUUUCUGCUCGGAGGAUGUCAGUCCCAGUGGGGUGACUCUCGUGCCACGCGAUGGACUCACCUCAGAGACUUAUCACUAUGAGAAGGGCAUUAAUCAGAGUUUCUCACAGCCGGGACAUCUGUUUAAUCCGCAGCUAAUACCCGAAGAUGAUCUCAUCUACAGCCCCGGCAAGGAGCAAUAUCCUGUAGCCAUCCAUUGUGUGGUCGAGGAGGGUAACGAAGAGUGUCGCCAAUCGCAUACAACCAUUUGUGUAAUUGACCAUCAUCCGGAGAGUAAUUCAUAUGUCUUGCGUGCUCUCAAACAGAAGAUCUUUGUAGAUGGUCUAUGCUACCUGCUGCAGGAGAUCUAUGGCAUUGAGAACAAGGCGGUGAAUAAGGCCUCGUCCAUGGAUGAGGAGAUCGAUGACCAUGGCAGCGAGUGUGUCAUUUGUAUGAGUGAGACAAGAGAUACCUUAAUACUGCCGUGCCGUCAUCUUUGUUUGUGCAAUUCCUGUGCUGAUUCGUUGCGUUAUCAGGCCAACAAUUGUCCGAUUUGUCGGGCACCAUUCCGUGCACUGCUCCAAAUACGAGCGGUGCAAAAGGGCAUCCUUAGUACCAGCAAUACGGGACAUAUUCUAACCAGCUCUGGAGGCGGUGGAGCCACUACUGGUGGUACAGGCAGUGGAAGCGGCGAACCAGCACCGGUGGAUGUACCUCCAGGCUAUAUACCAGUCUCUUUAAUUGAGGCUCUAAAUGGUCCUCCUCAAUAUAUUGCCAGACCCAGAACUAGUGAUCAUGAUCUAACCGAUUCAGUGGGCACAAUGACUACAGGUGGCAAUGGAGGGGAUCAGAAGACGACGGCCUCUUCACCCUUGAAGUCUGGAAGUCAGCGUCGGAACAAGGGCAAGAAAAAUGCAUCCACUUGUACUUCAACAAAUGAAGUGGGCACUUUAACCACCUCUUUGAGUAACAGUUUGGCUGCAUCGGCGACUUUAUCGGUGGUAGAGAUUGAAAGUGAUCCCAAAAAAUCGACAACUGCCACCUGCACCUCACCCACUUUGACUGGUGGCACUGAUAAGCUAAAAAUUGUCAAUGAGCGUAGCAGUAAAUAUGGGCGUGGCAGUGGCACAGAUGAUGAUGUGGACAGUGAGAAUGAAAAGUUGUCGCCGUUGCUAUCAUCAUCAUCGCCGAAUGGUCAUAAGCCUAAAACUCAAUCCAAUAAAACCCUAAAGCAGGUUGUGGCCACACUUGAGGCUGACGAUGCGGAAGGUGUCAAAACAGUAGUCGAGGGCGGAGGCGGAAGUGGAGGAGCAGCAGCAGCAGUCGCCUCCAGUGAAAUGAGCAACAAUGAGGAAAGAAAAACCGAACGAUCUACUAAAGAGGAUGAUUCCGAGGACUAUUAUACGCCAGAGGAUACACAAAACUCAAUACUGAGUCCAUUGUGCCCCACAGAGAAAGAACGAGCCAAGAGUGGUGAUCCACUUUGUGGCGUAAGCAAUUUGAAUCCACAGCAAGCGAAUCGUGUUGUUGUUGGCUUCAGCUGCAGUUCAGUGAAAAAGAAUUUGCACAAGAAAUCCACAUCGGUGGGUAAUAUGAACUCAAAUCUGAAUUCAUCUACCACAGUUGUUGACCUCAAAUCAAAUAAUGGUGUCAGCUCUCUGCCAGAUAUGUUAGACAGCCCCAUUGGCAGUGGCAAUUCAGCAUCUACACGCAGCUCCAGUGAUAGCUAUUCAUCCAGUUCGUCGACCAAACAAUUACUUAGCUCGAAUCCAACAAACACUGCGGCCAAUAUCAUCGUGGACGAUAAGACCGCUCUACAGAAUGCCGUCAAUGUUUGAAUUGUCGAUGUGGUUUGUGGUUUGGUCACAGGCUUAAUUUAUUGAUAGUUUAAUGAAAGUUGCUUAAAAGCCGCUAGCAAAAACUACAGGACAACAGGACAAAAUGCCGCCAGUACCAUAAAAAUAUUGAUGGAAGUUCUCGAUUAAAUUCAUUCGGUACGAAAGGAACACGUUAGCAGUUUUCCUCACAGAGGAAUAGCCGAAUUUAAUUAGUUUCAUGUAGACAUUUUUUUUUAAAUUCAACUAGAACCUUUUUUAGUUGUUCUGUGUUAAAUUGGCUUCCAACGUUUCGUGCGAACAAAAGGCAAAUGUUAAAUUAAUUACGAGAAUUCUUUAUGGCCUCUCCGUAUGUAGUAGUACUAACUUAUUAGCUUAAAUGGCUUCGGGGGUAAUUACAAGACAAAAUACAUAGCUUACAAUUAUAUUAUAUAAUAUA